CUGACGCUUGGCCGUCACUGCAUCAUUCUUUGUUUUUCCAUCUCAAGACAUCACACAUCUUCAGAAAUGCACCUUCGUCGACUGCUGCGACCUCCCCUACUUGCUCUAGUGGCUGUGCAAAUUUCGAUAUGUUCAAGUGCGGGUGCCGGUGAAAAUCCAGUCGUUGAAGGAAAGCGGGAGAAAACCGCUGGAGGAAGGCAUCCUGAGAAAAGAGGAACUCUGCGAUUAACUGCCAUACCAGGUCACAACACAUUUCCCUACAGGUACGUGUACCCACUAGGCCAGCCAGCCUUCGCGCAGUAUGCUGCCUACAACACAGCUCCCCGCACACCUCACACAGCUGCAUUGGCUUCACCCUCAGCUGGCCUGAAGCUGGCAGGCUAUCCCGUGCCUAGCACUGCCAUGCUGCUAGUAAUGGCUCACCCCCAUGCGGGCUCACCAUACGCAGGCACCUUCAUGCUCAUACCGGCUGCCUCUGCUUAUAACUACAACCUCCUGCCACAAGUGGCAGCAGCACCGGCCCCAGUAGCAGCUGCACCAGUUCCGGGGAGAGUGGCCUAUGCCUAUGCCAUCCCAGCCACCCCCGCAGCACACUACAUCAAGCCUGGAUAUGCCAAUAUAGUCGCCGCUCAUCAGCUGCUCUACAAGGGACCCGGACUUUCGUCAUCGUCGCAGGUUGGCGGAGGAACGUCCACCUACUCCGGUGAGGACGAGACAGAGAGCGCAGAGUCCAGUACGGUGUCAACUUAUGGCAGUCGGACAAGGAAUGCCCCCAACCCCCAGCCACAACAGCACUUCAAGGGCCGCUGAGGGGUGUGGGGGGAGAGUUGUGCCAACGUUGCUACGUCCAAAGAUAUUUAAAAAAAGUGUAUUAUAGUGUGGUUCACUGUCAGCAAACCUCAUAAAUAACAUCAAUGCUUCCUGUUCAAUUAACGCUGACAUUUUGUAGUGGAUCUCACUAUAUCAUAUAUGAUGAGAAAGCAGACAUUUCAAGGAAGGUUAUGCCAAAAUUGAGUGUUGCAAAUAAUGUGUUGUUUGGUAAUGAGGUGGGGAAAGCGAACAUUUUGAUAGUUGACCAAAUUAAUAAAUUACUCAACGAUUCAAUCAGUGAUGCCAACAUCCCAGGAGAGGAUUCAGGGGGGUGCUUUAAUGGAAGGUGCACGAAAAUAAUGAAUACUUUCAAAAUGUUCAUAAAUAUUCUGUUGAUUGUUGUGAAUGAGGCCCCUCUAGUUCAAAAUUUAUUGAUGAAACUUUUUUUUUUGAAGAAGAUCGUACAGAAGAGGAUAAGAUUAUUUUCCCCACAUACGACUUCAAAGCCCUACUGGGGAAUUAUAUUAUUUCUUUGAGAUAUUUCAUUGAUCUGAAACGAAGAUCGAACAUCAUUUGAGAAGAAAAUUUUCAAUAUAAAAGUUAUGUUAAUUCGAGUAUAUAAGCCAUACUUUCGCUCUUCUAAAUGAUACUAUUUCGAUAUAGUUUUCAAAUUUGGGAAAAUAGUAUAAGAAUUAUGGGUAAUGAGAGUAUGUGAUAAAAUUUGAGUAAUAUACAUCAAUUCAAAUUCCAUAUGUCGAUUGCUGGGACUUAAGCUUGAGCAAUCUCCACUUCAAUUUACUAAGUUGAUAAGUUUCGAUUGAAGCACCUUCCAAGAUGGAGCUACGAACGUUUUCAUUACUAUUCUGCUGAAUGAGACGAACAUUGGCAGGAGUUUGAGUGAUCUAAUUGAAUUAGUUUGGUCCAAAUAAUGAUUUUGUUUCAACCAAAAUGUCCAUCAGUGUGUAUUUAUUUAUUUUUGAAGUUAUGGGGAAGUAUAUCUAAUUUAUGUAUAAUAUUUCUUAUAUUACUCUCAUGAUAGUCAUAAAGAAAAAUACAAAAACAAAUUGUGGAUGAUAGUGGUCGUUAUCAAAUAAUAGGACGAACAAGUCGUACUUUUAAUAAUACUUCUGUUGAAUUUUCAUCGUUUGAUAUUGUUACCUGUAAAAUAAACUCAUGAAUAGGAAAAUAUAUAAUAAUUUGAUUAUUUGAACCUAUGAUUUACUACAGGAUAUCCAACCAUCAAUCGGAGAUCUAACUACUCCUUGGAAUCAGUGUAAAUCAUAUUAUUGCUCCAUUUAUUUCUCGGUAACAAUAGAUUGCUAAAAGAUUGUUGUGUAAAAAAUGUUUUUUAACAGAACUAUGAAAUAAAAAUAUUUCUAUCCUUCUAAAACAAAUAUACUUAUUCAUACUA